AAGCAAUGUCUGGACGCGGCAAAGGCGGGAAGGGGCUCGGCAAAGGCGGCGCCAAGCGCCACCGCAAGGUGCUGCGCGACAACAUCCAGGGCAUCACCAAGCCCGCCAUCCGGCGCCUGGCUCGCCGCGGCGGCGUCAAGCGCAUCUCCGGCCUCAUCUACGAGGAGACCCGCGGGGUGCUCAAGGUCUUCCUGGAGAACGUGAUCCGGGACGCCGUCACCUACACGGAGCACGCCAAGCGCAAGACGGUCACGGCCAUGGACGUGGUCUACGCGCUCAAGCGCCAGGGCCGCACCCUCUACGGCUUCGGCGGCUGAGUCACUGAAGUCAAUAUUACCACCGGACUGUUCCGCUGUUUGUCCGCUAUGAAAAGAUCAACCACAGUCCGUGGUCGAAGGGGAGCAGGUUCCUGUGACGCGGAACCCUGAAAGUGCCGCGGACCUACUUCAUACAGUGGGUUCAGUAAAUAUGGGAAUUACGAGUGCGAGGGUGCAGCUAGCCGCUCCAAGGAAGCCAGAUCGAUCAAAAUUCUACAUUUCCGGUAAAACUGUGAGUGUUAAUUCUCUUGGGAGACGUCACAAAGGAACGACACACUUUGGGUUCACCUGACCCCCUUCCCGCAGGCUUCGGGCUGAGUGUCAUCGCUUCCCCUCCCCUAACCGGACUAGCUUGGGUUUAAAUGUAACUAAUCUGGGCCUUGCUUAUGUCCAUUCUCAGGCCAGGCCCCUCCUUAAACCUGAGACUAAGCAGGUUUCUAGGUGACAUGGACUUGAGCCAGCCAUUUUCAACCUGUGUCACAAGAAUUUUUAAGGGGCUAGGGGAUCCCGCGGCCCGGAUGCGUGCUCUGCGCAUGCUCGCGAGAUGCCGGUGUUAGCAGCCUCAGCGUCUGCAGCAGCGGCGGCAGCGAGGCCGAGGAAGGCAGCUGUGCGCGGGGCUAAAGCCUAGACGGGACCUUGGAGGGACAGCGCUGCUGCUGCAAGAUGGUGGUUGUGGGGCGU